GUCAAUGGGAAUACGGCUGCUGCACGUGCCUGUAACACUGCAAUGAUACACAUCCAUGCGCGGAGCACAAAUUAAGCUCUACCGGGCCGUGGCUGGGCGCACCGGUGACCUUAUCGAUUUCAACAGACGGCUUCUGGCCGGUGUCAGUUCCAGAGGUGAACGUCGCAAUCCAGGGAAAGAUUGAUUCAUUUUGUGAGUGAUGCAAGAGUUCAAUCAAACAUGCACCAACAUAUGCAAGUGCCACCCUUGGAAGGAAGAGCUCGCUGUAAUUAUGUCAAUCUGCCUCUGAUUAAUGGGGACAGACUGAAGACAGCUAAGAGUCUAGUGGACAAGGCAAUAAAGGAGAAGAAAGUGUUCUCUGUGCAAGGUCCAUAUCCUGUAAUCCGCGCAGGACUGCGUGCAAGAGGAUGGGUGGAGCGCCGGCUACCACGACCCUCUGUCCCAUGGCCUCGUCGUCAUGAUCUUGAAACAGAAGCCACAGAUGAGGGUGACAGCAGUGAUGAUGAUGACUUAGGAGAAGAGGGAAAGAGGGAGGAUGAGGCAGAUGAUCUGUAUGACCUAAUGUCACGGUUGGUCCGCAAUGAGACGGCAUACUUCUACUGGACAACAAGGAGGGAUUCAGUCGACUCUCGGUCUUUAUGUAAAGACCAGAUGACCAAUCAUUACGCAAAGGCGGGAUCUUUCACCACCAAGGUUGGUUUGUGCAUGAGUUUGAGAAGUCUGCAGUGGUUUGAUGCAGCAGAUCCCGAUACAUUCUUCCCACGCUGCUACAGACUGGGGGCGGAGGAUGAUAAACAUGCUUUUAUUGAGGACUUUAGACGGACUGCAUGCACAAGUCUACUAAAGUAUGUUUUGGAGAAUUAUGCAGGGGAUUCAGAGUGGAAGAGAACCAGAGAGGUUCAUGAUGCUAAAUCUCAUGGUCUAAGCAAGCCUCGUAAACAGCAUGCCAAACAGAAGGUCGGAAGCUCGAUAAUAGACAAUGCAUUGCAUGUUUGUCAGGAGUAUCUAAAUAGUUUAGAACACUGUGACAUAGACAUGACUUCGGAAACAACCCCUCCCCUCUCAGAGCAACAGUGGGACGUCUUUCUUCAGAAUUAUUAUUUAGUUAUUCAUGAAGGAGUGAGGAUAGAAGGCUGUGCAGAUUAUGUGGAGCGUUGUAAAUGCGUGUUGGAGCAGCUGCGUUGUUUUUGCCCUCAGAUGGAGACUGAUGGACUCUGCAACAUCUGGAUCAUUAAACCUGGGGCCAUGUCACGAGGCAGAGGUAUAAUGUGCAUGAACAAGCUGGAUGAGAUAAUGAGUUUAGUAGACACAGACCAUGGCAUCAUGAAUGACAGUAAGUGGGUGGUGCAGAAGUACUUGGAGCAGCCUCUCCUCGUGCAUGACACUAAGUUUGAUGUAAGACAGUGGUUCCUGGUCACAGAUUGGAACCCACUUAUUGUGUGGUUCUACCGCGAGUGCUACCUUCGCUUUUCUACCCAGCCUUACUCCACUCAUACAUUGGACAGUUCUGUACAUCUUUGCAACAACUCCAUCCAGAAGCAUUUUCAACCAAGCCCAGAUCGUAAUCCUUCUCUGCCCGCUGAGUGCAUGUGGUCAUGUUCACAGUUCCGCUCCUGGUUGGCUGCUUCAGGCCGAGGUGACCUGUGGGAAGGGGUGGUGGUUCCAGGUAUGAAGAAGGCUGUUAUCCAAACUCUCUUGACUGCACAGGACAGUGUGGAACCUCGCAAAGCCAGUUUUGAGCUUUAUGGAGCUGACUUUAUGCUGGGGCGGGAUUUUCGACCUUGGCUUUUGGAGAUCAAUGCCAGCCCCACCAUGGCACCCUCCACAGGAGUCACAGCUCGACUCUGCCCCGCUGUACAGGAAGACACUUUGCGGGUAGUGCUGGAUCGACGAUGUGACCGCAACACUCACACUGGCGGCUUUCAACUAAUAUACAAACAGGCAGCAGUAGAUGUUCCUCAGUAUGUGGGAGUGAAUCUUCUUGUAGAGGGGACUUCAGUCAGGUGUCCUCGAGCCCCUGUUUAUAAGCCUCUCAUUCAGUCUCACCCUCAUCUGCUAUCAAAAUCCAGCAGUCACAGGUCUUCCCUCAUAAGCAGCCAUUGCAUUUCUGGUAAGGAGAAUCAAUCAGAAGAUGGAAAGAAGGCCUGGACUACCCUCUCCUCCCGUAAAGUCAUGUUAGAGAAAUCUUUGAUCUUUCACCGUAAACUGAGGAAACGUCCCCACAGACUUGUCUUACCCUCAACCUGUUGUGUCCUUCCCAACCCAGCAGAACUUCAUCCGCAAAAACUCUCACUCACUCACGCCCAGCCCAAUCACCCCCCCACACACAGGACACACAGCAACCUUCCAUCCCUUUACCGUCCAACCCCUUCACUGGAUGUGAUAAAUCUACGUCCCAGACAAACACUUGCCUCCAAUCGCUACAAACAUGAAAUGCACACAGUCAAUAUAUCUUAUCCAGUCUUACAUGUGCAGAAAUACCUGUCACUAAACCAUAGACAGGCCAUGGACACUUUCACAGAGAGAGAAGGGCCAAAUUCAUCCUAAGGAAUCUUUUGGAGCAAGCGAUUUCAUUCAUCAGAUUAAUAUGACCUAAAAGGAAUGAAUAUGUUUUAGAUUGCAUCAGUUUGUAUUGUGAGUUUAUCUUUCAGUGCACUGUUUUCAAACCCAUAUACCUUAACAAUAUACUGUCAGAAAAAAGAAAGAGAACAGUAUAUUUAGUUGAGGAUUACAGCACAUUUUUUCCUAAGUAGUUAUUUAUAUAUAUAU